UCGUACAUAUACCUAUACCAAAAUAAUAUAUAUUGAAACAUUCAAAUUAUAUUACAUGUAUUUGCAUAUUAACUAUAUAUAUAUAGUGUGAAGCUAUGGUAUAUAUGUUAAGUUCAUUUCUAAUUAAUUAUCAUUUUGCUCAUCAUCAAUAGAAAACAAAUAGAGAGAUAUAUUCAACAAGAUGGAGGGAGAUGAUGAAGAAGUGGUGACGACGCCGGGAUUCAGAUUCUACCCGACGGAAGAAGAGCUGAUAACCUUCUAUUUAAAGAACAAGAUCCUACAUGGCGGCGGCAGCACAUCAUCAACUGCACUGCUGCAACAUAUCGAUCGAGUCAUACCCCAACUCCAUGUUUAUGAUUUCUAUCCCUGGGAUCUCCCUCAAUAUGCAGGAGAGCGUUGUCAAGGAGACCCCGAACAAUGGUUCUUUUUCAUUCCUAGACAAGAGAAAGAAGCAAGAGGGGGACGACCAUCCCGCCUCACAAGUUCUGGCUACUGGAAGGCCACUGGAUCUCCAAGCUUCGUUUACUCAUCGAGUAAUCGGGCCAUUGGGAUCAAAAGAACCAUGGUUUUCUACAAUGGUAGAGCUCCCACCGGGACAAAGACUACAUGGAAGAUGAAUGAAUACAAGGCUUUUCAAGAAAGUACCAUUGUCUCCACAAACACUAACCAAAAACCUGAGCUAAUGGAAGAAUUUAGUUUGUGCCGAGUAUAUGUGAGAUCAAAUUCUUUGAGGGCUUUUGACAGAAGGCCUGGAGUAGCGAUGAUGAACGAGCAACUACUAGUUCCGCAACUCAUUCAAAACAACGACGAACAUCAUGCAACCACAUCGACUUCUUCUAUCCCUCCCUCCGUAUUGGAAAGGACAAUGAGUUCGUCUGAUCACAGCUAUAACUCAUCAGAGGACCAAACUAUUGAUCAUUCUCACUUGCCAAUGGAGAGUACUGUUGAUCAAUCUUCGUGGGACUGGGAAGAUAUUAAAAGAUGGUUUUAAUUCAAGUUGUUAUCUUUUGGGAAUACUUUUAUCAUUUCUUAGUUAAGUAAACAUAAACAUAAUAUAUAUGUACUGUAGUUCAUAGAGAAAUCUAAGUUACAGAUUUAAAAAUCUUGUUCGUGCAAUGUCGUCGUCGGAGAAUUAUGUUUCAGUUCUUUUUACCGCGUCAGUAAAAUUUAACUUGGUGUAUUAAAAUUUAUA